UAAUAUUAUACUACUUUUUAUGGUUUGACAGAUGCUUGAAAUGGCAAUAAGCAGUGUUCCAAGUACCACUACUAUUGUUCCUUUUCUUCUUAAACAAGAUAAUUAUGAAGAUUGGAGAAUUUACAUGGAAAACUAUCUAUUGGCUCAAGAUCUUUGGGGCAUUAUUGAAUCUGGGGACGAUACUGAUUUUCUUUCUUCUUCGAACGACGUGGGAAAUUGGGGGAAAAAGAAUGCGGCAGCUCUACAUGCGGUUCAUACUACAUCUUCAGCAGAUAUUUUUGCUCAAAUAAAGGAGAUCAGGUCGGCCAAAGAUGCUUGGAAUAAAUUAGCCAAAAUGCAUCAAGAGUGGCAAUCUAAAUCAAAACCAAAAACUGGCAUGGAGGGGUGGGAUGGAGGGGAAGAAGAUGAGAUAACUGAUAUGACUCAUUCUGAGGGGUCGAAUAGAACAGAAGAAGAAGACGAGAUAACUGAUAUGCCUCAUUCUAAAGGGUCGGAUGGAGGGAAAGAAGAUAAGAUGAUUGAAGAUUCUCAUCGUGUAAAAUUGAAAAAGAGCAUUUGCGAAGGAGAUUGGAAUACUGUGGAGCGGUUUUUUGUUUUCGACGAGCGUCCACUAAAUGCAAAAAUAUUCUCAGGCGACAACUACACUGCUCUUCAUGGUGCAAUACAGGCGGGGCAUGAUAAGAUUACCGAGAAAUUGGUAGAGAUGAUGUCGGUAACAGAUCUGGAAAUAAAAUGUGGCCCAGCCAUUCAUGUAGACACGGUUCUUUCUUUAGCGGCAUGGACGGGAUCAACCCACGUGGCAAAAUGCAUAGUCGAAAAGAACCGCAAUUUGCUUACCAUUGAAAAUGAAGAUGGCCGUAUCCCAGUAACUGCCGCAUGUUAUGUAGGCCAGAAGGAGAUGACGUACUACUUGUAUUCUGAAACUCCACCCGAAGUCUUGGAUCCGCAAAAUGGCGAUCAGGGACUCCGGAACCAAGAUGCGUUAGAGGAGUUGGUGACCCCACCCACUGCCUCCACUAGGCACUAGUAGCAGAUAUCCUAAUCAGAAAAUCUUUUAAAUUAAAUGUAACAUUAUUUAAAAAUAAAUCUCUAAAUUUAAA